AUGAGGAGACACAAGAGACAGGAGACAGGAGACAGAAGAAAAGGAGACAGAAGAGAAAGGAGACAGAAGAGAGAUGAGAGAGAAGAGAAAGUAGACAGGAGACAGAAGAGGCAGAAGAGAAAGGAGGGAGAAGAGAAAGAAGAGACAGAAGAGAGGAGGGAAAGGAGACAGGAGACAGAAAAGAGACAGAACAGACAGAAGAGACAGAAGAAAAAGGAGACAGAAGAGACAGAAGAGACAGAAGAGAAGGGAAACAGAAGAGACAGAAGAGAAAGGAGACAGAAGAGAAAGAAGAGAAAGAAGAGAAAGAAGAGACAGAAGAGAUACAGAGGAGACAGGAGAGAAAGGAGACAGGAGAGAAAGGAGAAGGGAGACAGAAGAAAAAGGAGACAGAAGAGAAAGAAGAGAAAGGAGACAGAAGAGAAAGGAGACAGAAGAAAAAGGAGACAGAAGAAAAAUGAGACAGAAGAGACAGGAGACAGAAGAGAAAGGAGACAGAAGAGACAGAAGAAAAAGGAGACAGAAGAAAAAGGAGACAGAAGAGACAGAAGAAAAAGAGACAGAGUGUGUGUGUGUGUAUGUGACCUUCUUCUACUGUGGGUGUGUCUGUCUCCUCUGGCGAUCUCUCAGCGGGGUAACGAAAGCCCCCAGGAGAGACAGAAGCAUAUUUCUUAUCGAGAUACCGCUGCUGCUGCUGCUGCUGCUGCUGCUGUUGCUGCUGCUGCUGCUGCUGCUGCUGCUGCGAGAAAGGACGUCUGA